AAAUAACGAAAAUGUUUAAAGUAAAGAAAAGUGUGGGUUUCUUCACUAAAAUAAAACAAACAAAAUUGUCAAUAACGGAGAAUUUCAAUGAGAGGUUUACAAAACUCGAGAAAAGAGUUGAAGGUACAAUGGCAGAGAACUGGGUAAGGUAUUGGAAAAAUGUAUGCAGGGAUUACAAGGAUGUCGCUGGAGACGUUAUUAAAGAAUCCAGAGAGAAACCAUCAAAAGCAAUACUAAUUGGAUCAACUGCUGGACUGCUAGUAUACUGUGCCAAACAUAAUCCCAACUCAACACACUUCAGAGAUGCCUACAUCAAAGCAGCCAAUGAUGUUUCUCUGGUUCAUCCCAGUUUAACGAAAGAGGAGACCAUGGAUCAUUUAAAAUAUAUUGAGAAAUGUUAUAAUAACCAAUUGAUCAGACACACAAGCUUGGGAUUUAUUUCAUUUAUUUGGGUGGACAAUAACAGUGACAAAUGUGCUGCCUUCCAAACACAAUGUUCCUACUUACAAUUGAAGUACUCAGAAAUAAUAAACAGAAUAAUUGAUGUUGGAUUUCUAGAUACUUGGUGGAUGCUUGCAAAGAAAAUGACAGAUUAUGAUAUAAAUUAUUAAAAAUAAAUAAAUUAUUUAGUACAUAUACUCUUAUUUUUUAUUUACAUCAC